AGUAGUGCCAUUUUAGGUAGAGGUAGUGCCUAAACACGCUACUGUAUGUAAAUGGACCCUUUUAAAGGCCUGAGAAGCAUUUUUUGGCUAUAGAGAUUUAUGCUUUGAAAUAAACAUUUACUGUUUCAGCAAUGUAUUUGGACAUUUUCAACUGGAAGUGUUAUAAAAUAAUUUGGACUUGCAAUCAGAACGGAUGAAGUUGCAUUAUGCCCUUAAUUUCACACAUAAGUCUACAACAGCCUAGAUCCUAAGAGCUACUGCCAUCAAUCUCUUGAGUGUCUACCCUGUCUUAUUGACAUAUCCAAGAGGAAAUAUUUUAUUCUCUCUCUCUGGGUGUAGAGUGUUAUGUCCUAAAUGACACCCAAACUAAUGUAAUGCAAGGAACUGCUUUGGUGAGUUUGAUGUGUGCAACACCAAGGGGGUACUAACUCCAGAGCUCAAGGGCCAGAGGGUGGGGGAAUCACCAUGGCUCACAGUCUGCAACCCUAGCACUUCACAUGCAGAAGUAGUCCCGGUGAGUUGCGCAUGAGCCGGUAGAGCGCCACCACCCGAACUCAAGUUGCUCUAAUGCUGGCUGAGUACUGAGGCACUGUAUACAUCCGACUCUCUGCGGGGGUAGAUGCCAGAUGCAGAAUUGACGCAUACGCCUCUAUCCAAUCAAGUUUCAGCCGAUGGCGCCCCCUAUGGGUUCAUUCCAUGCAACUGCACCCAGGGGCUGUUUACACCAAUUUCGGAAGCAUGUAAUGAAACAUUUUAUGUGCGCACAGACACACUUGUGCAUUCCAGGUAAUCUUAGAAUCGGGGUAAAUAUUGGAUUUGUGGUCGUCUGACACCUCUCCCCACAAAUCCCCCCCCACCCACCGCCUCUCACCCUCAGUACAAUGCUUUUUUUAUGCUAAUCAAACACAUAUGUCACUUCCGCCCCUUUUCACACGCCAUUUUGGAUAGUAUAGGUACUGGACCGGUUCGUAUUGUUUAAGUGGAUGGCGGAUUACGUUAAUUGCUGUCAAUUACACCGUCAUCGUGCGUCUUCUGGACUGUGCAUCAUCGCAAACGCAGCACGCGCUCAGCGGUUCGCGCUCAUUCUCCCUCCGGGACCCCCGUAGACCGGCACAGACUCUGUUAGAUUAGUUGCAGCAGCUCGUUCCCGGCAGACAGACAGCUCUGGGUCGGCCCGUGACAGGAGUCGAGCUCCCUCUUUCGGCGGUGUGUGUCCGCCCGGGAAGCGGAGGACGAGGCGCUCGGUUCGGGGGGCGGGAAAGUGACAUUACGCGCUGCCAUUUGCGGAGCGCGGGCCAGGUGGCAGAAUGUUUCAACUCCCAGUGAACAACCUCAGCAGUCUAAGGAAAGCUAGGAAGAAUGUGAAAAAAGUGCUGGGUGACAUUGGCUUGGAGUUUUGCAGGGAACACAUUGAUGACUAUAAGGACUUUGUUCCCAAUGAGUUCUACAUUAAGAACACCACAUGGGAUGAUGUGUGCAUGUGGGAUCCCUCAAUGACCAAAUCACAAGAGUACCGCACAAAGCCGUUCUGUUGUUCAGGAUGUACAUUCUCCUCCAAGUUUUUCUCCGCCUACAAGAGUCACUUUCGUAAUGUGCACAGCGAGGACUUUGAAAACCGCAUUCUCCUUAACUGCCCCUAUUGCACUUACAGUGGGAACAAAAAGACUUUGGAGACACACAUCAGACUGUUUCAUAUGCCCAACAAUGUCAUGCGCCAGAAUGCAGGAGGACUUCAGGGGGCAGGGGUUGGCUUGAAGGAUGGUGCUCGUUUGGAUAAGACACGUGACAAUAUAGAGCAAGCAGUGUACUACUGCAAGAAAUGCACUUACAGGGACCCACUGUAUAAUGUGGUGCGAAAGCAUAUCUACCGGGAACAUUUCCAGCACGUAGCGGCACCAUAUUUAGUGAGGCCUGGUGAGAAGACAACACCAGCCAAUGGGACAACUGCAGGCUCUGGAACAGGAAGCAAUACUGAUUCUGGUGGUACCAACAGUACGAGCACAGGCAUCCACUGCAAACGGUGCCUCUUUGUGCCUCGCACCUAUGAAGCCCUUGUGCAGCAUGUCAUUGAGGACCAUGAGCGCAUUGGUUAUCAAGUUACUGCUAUGAUUGGACACACCAAUGUUGUGGUACCUCGGGUGAAGCCUGUGAUUAUGGUGUCCACUAAAGCUCAGGGUGAUAAGGGGAUUAUUGGUAUAAUGCCAAAGGGUACCGUCGUGACUGGGGUACGGCCUUUAUCCGCUCAGCAACUGAGUCGUAUUGUUAUUCCUAAAGGGAGUUUGAACUCAAGUGGGCUCCUGUCGGGUAUUCACUUGAAGCAGGGGGCAUUUGGUCUGAAGCCUGGGACUACACAAUCCUUGACCAUUGGGGGACAACAGGUGCAGCUUUCAGUCCCACAGCAGUCUCAAACUAGCAAACCACAGCUUUCUGCUAGUCUUCGUAGUUCAGUUUCUGUAUCAUCAUCCCCUUCCAUACUGAAGAUCCCUCAACUGAACUCCCGAGUUCAGGCAGCAGCUACUACGGUGUCAUCUGUUACUUCCAAGAAAGGCGACUCUGUCAUCGGCACGUCGUACACUCAAAAAUGGAAGAUCUGCACCAUUUGCAAUGAGCUCUUUCCAGAAAAUGUGUAUAGUUCGCAUUUUGAAAAAGAGCACAAAGCAGAGAAGGUACCAGCGGUGGCCAACUACAUCAUGAAAAUUCACAACUUCACUAGUAAAUGCCUAUACUGUAAUCGGUACCUACCUAGCGACACGCUUCUUAACCACAUGUUAAUACAUGGCUUAUCUUGCCCGCACUGCAGGGCCACGUUCAAUGAUGUGGAAAAAAUGGUGACUCAUAUGCGAGGGGUGCAUCCCAAUGAAUCUGUUGGGCCACGGACAGAAUCCCCACUUACAUUUGACCUCACGCUUCAGCAGGGAAAUCCCAAGAAUGUCCAGCUGAUCGUCACCACAUAUAACAUGCGGGAUGCCCCAGAAGAAUCGGUGGCAUUUCAUGCCCAAAACAAUACAUUACCACCAUCAUUGCAGGGGAACAAACCGGUUAUGCCACCAGUCCCAAAGAUAUCCCUAGAUUCCUCAGACGCCAUACCAGCUAAGGGUACACUGCAGACAGCCGUACCUUAUAAGAAGGAUGUAGGCAAAACCCUUUGUCCUCUCUGCUUUUCAAUUCUUAAGGGACCUAUUUCAGAUUCUCUAGCUCACCAUUUACGUGACCGCCAUCAAGUCAUACAAACGGUUCAUCCUGUGGAGAAGAAGUUGACCUACAAAUGCAUCCAUUGCCUUGGUGUCUACACUAGUAACAUGACCGCUUCCACGAUCACUUUGCAUCUUGUGCACUGUCGCGGUGUCAGCAAAACUCAGAAUGGCCGACCUGCUCCAUCCGCAAGAGUUGCACAGGCCCAGGGGGCUGGUCUCAAACGUGCAGGAUUAGCAAACUUCGACCAAACUGAGCCAAAGAGACAGAAGUCUGCAAGCGAUGACCAGACUGGGCAGAGUCCACCACUUUCAGCUGACAAACAAGAUGAACCUGUAGUCUUUGCCUUGGACCCAAAGGGUUAUGAGAAUGAGUCCUACGAGACACGAAAAGCUUUCCUCACUCAGUACUUCAACAGGCAGCCUUACCCCACUCGCCGAGAGGUGGAGAAGCUUGCAUCCAGUCUCUGGCUUUGGAAAUCCGACAUUGCGAGCCAUUUCUCAAAUCGAAGGAGGAGAUGUAUGCUGAAUUGUGAGACCUUAAACACUCGGGUCCUGCUGGGAUUUAAAAUGGAAGACAUUACAGAUUUGCAACAUCCCAUGAACUUUGAGUCAAAAUGCUAUUUCAAGAACCAUAAUCAUGAACAUAAAAGACGAACUACUAGAUAUCGGAUAGGCCGAUCUUCCAAUGCCAUUCGCUUACGGCAAAAAGCUACAACCAAUGGUGACCUGCAGCAUAAGCAUGGGACACUAACAAGGGUUUCCGCCAAAGCCUCACUCUACUCCAAUGGUCAAAAGGACAUCAUAGGGAGUAACUGCAAUGAUUCAAUAAAGAGCACCUUAAAGCCUGGAGCACUUGUCAAUUCUGAACCAAUUGCUGUGGACUCUGACAGUGAUAAUGAGGAGAAUGUGCAGACUGCACAGUCACUUAGUAGGGACAAACCAGAGACAAAUGAUCAAGUAGAUAACAGUGACUCUGACAUCAGGGAGGACGCUCACAGUGAAAAUGGUUAUGGGUCAAAAGACUUGUUAGACGAAACAAAACUGCAAAAGGGAGAGUGUCAGUCAGGUAUCACAAACAAGCUUGAACAAUCAGAGACCCAGUUAACCAAGCAACAGGUCUGAUUUUGGACAGGGUUAAUAAAAUGCACAUGUAUACUUUUGCGUUAUGUUUGACCUACACCAACAAUGCUGCCUCAUUGAUCUUCUAGACCUUGGUUACGGAUAGUAGCUGUAAGGUUCUGCUUUUCCCUCGACUCCUAAAGCCAUUUGAGAAAGGCAAAAAAGUCAUAUUUUACAUUUUGAAAUAUGAAGAUGAAUUAAAUUUUUGAAUUCGAAGCUGGGGUCAGACUUUCCUCAGGAUGUAGGUAAAGAAAAUGCUCAACAUUUACCAAACAAUAAUUGAUUUGUCUUCAGUUUAUGAUUCUUUAACAUAAUCCGAAACAUAAUUGUUCCGCCAUUAUUGUGAAAAAAUUGAGUGUUUAUUAGAGUCAACCGGUAUUCUUGGAUUUCAUGUUCUCAUAUAGUAUCGGUAGUGUAUAUUUGUACAGUCUUUUAGAUAUGUCUAAGGAGAUGUGUAGGUGUACUCACUGAUGAAAAUAAGAUUUGCUAUACUUUUUGUGCUCAUGCUUAAUGGUCAUAUGUUUUACUUCGGUUCACAUAGAUAAUGGAUCUGGCUUCAGUGGCUGUUUUUCCUGUUUACUUUUAUUAACAAAAGUAUAACACUUUGCUAAAAAAUAUAUCAAAGUUUAAAUAAUGCAAAAUAAAAGAACAUAAUCUCUUGCUCUUGUUUUGCCUGUUUGUAACUGAAGCAUCUUUUUUAUAAAUAUGUAUGUACCAUCCUGUAACUUGUUUUGCUUCCAGAGCAGCUUUUCGUACAUCCACAUUGCCAUAUACGCUUACGUUAGGGCAAGUUAAGUUGACCACUGUAGCUUUGUGCUAGUAGAUUAACCUGUGUUUGCUUCAGCCUCUGCUGACUUUUCUUUUUCAACAGUUACACACUUUUUCUCCUCCAGCUGGGCUUCUGUUGUGACCUGGGGUCCAGAAUGAGCUUCUAUUUUCAGUCUUUCAGCUUUCUGUACGUUUACAUUUUUUAACUCAAGUUUAUGUUGUUGUUGGGUUUUUUUUGUCACCUUUAUUCUAUUUUUCUUUGUCUCUACAAACAUUUCUGAACAAUAAAGUGUUGUAUUGUCUUUCUUAUAA